AUGGCGACAUGGGCGUACCCCCCUCUGGCCCCUGAACAGUUAAGCAAAGAGGCCGACUCAGCACUGCCUCUUAUCAAGGCUCGUGAGCUUGAAUGGCUCCUACGCUCACUCCAGGAAUCCUUGGCCUCCCUCAAGGAAGGUUUACAAGAGUGCGCGGCUCUACUGGCCCCAGAUGAGCCCGGUUCAACUUUGGUUCUCUCUUCCCUCCGGUCGGAAAGCGUCAAAGGCUUCGUGACGCGUGUUGGAACAAAGCUAGUCAAGGGUGAUGUCCAACUGCGUCUUGCCUCGCUCCCACCACCGCGGGGUGCGCCCAGUACGCGAUUGACGCUGUCCCAACACGCUGACUCGCCGGGCCUGGUGCUGCAACAGCUCGUCGCAGUCCGCAAUCUGGUAAAUCAGAGUCUCGAUAUCGUAGACGUGAGCACAUAUACCGGUAACCCGCUCGAUGCCGGGUUCAUUUUCAGCCAGCUGCAUCUCUUGCACGAGACGAUCAGCGAGGCGCGGCAAAUGCUCAAAGGAGACGGGGACGUGCGAGGGAACUGGUGGGAGACCAGCGCGGCUGACAAUACCUUUGAUCCACCACCGCCGCCUCAUGUCUCGUUCCAUCUUUCCAUUGCGGACUCCGCGCUUGUCCUGCUGCUGAGAACCCUAGAAAGCACCAUUCCUUCACAAGCGCCAUCUGCUUUUGCGACUGAUAUCUCAUUGACCGGCUUUUCCUUGCGCGAUCGCAUAUUUGGCAGCCGACAGGCAGCCCACGAUGAAGCCGGCGAAGUUUUCAUGUGGCGUGGCGAAGAAGUUCGCGUCAGAGAGAAAGUGCGCGUAGAAAGCCAAGAUCCAAGUUUAAUGGCUGUCAUGGCCAAACUGACAGCCUUGGAGCAUGAAGUAAUGCGGUGCGUGGACGCUCUACGAGUUCUUAUGGGGAAUGAGGACACCGAGAGCGAGAUUUAG